AGGUUCACAAUUAGUGUAAAUACCGUUAGUGAAAAGUGUGUUUAUCAAAGGAUGGAAUAUGGUUACCGUCAGUUGAAGUGAACUAAGGCUGAUUACUGUGUUGAACUCAUCCCCCUCCCCAUCCUUAUCCGCCUACGUUCACGAGGAGGAAGAAUGUGGAUCUUCGUGCUGUUGUCCGUGUUUAUCUUUGUCAACCAAUCAGUGGCUCAGAGUUGCGUGUGUGCCUCGGAAAAUACCGAUGUUUACCGAUUUCCGAACCACACGAGCGUCCGACUUGGCGUUCUGUCCGCUCCGAAUUGCGUCCUCUAUAAAAACAAACAGACGUCAACAGAGGUAGACAACUUCGGCUUUCUUCACGCUCUAGUUGAGUUUCACGGCCAGGAUGCCUGGGUGGACACAAGAACAGUUUAUGUUAGACCCUGUCAUGAACCGUUUUCCUGUGUGUGUGCCGUCAAAUCCACCGUGAUCCGGGCUCACCAAUCGGAAAAUGCUCUAGCCGUGAAGCAGUUCAUUCACAAGACCUGUCGCAGUAUAGCAGAGCAAGGUCAAGGUCACAGUGGUCAGUGGACCAAGGUCAAAUUGACAGAUAGAAAGCACGGCUGGGUAAAGACACAAGAUGUUGCAUUCCAUGACCGAUGUAGGAGGCUGCAUCUUUCUCCGUUUGAGAAUAACGUCGAACUGCCCGGGUGUCCGCCCAUAAUCACCAGACGAGACUGGGGCGCACGUGCAUCACGUGCAGUGAAUCUGCUGACUCAGACUCCCUUCUACCUGCUCGUCCAUCAUGGCGCCACGAUCGGUUGCUCGUACAGGGAGGAGUGUAUUCGAGAGGUGCGGGCCUACCAGGAUUUCCACAUGGAUGCGCACGGUUGGGACGACAUCGGAUACAGUUUUUUAAUUGGCGGGGACGGCAAUGUUUACGAAGGUCGAGGCUGGAACAGAAUUGGCGCUCACACACGUCACUACAACGCCGUCGGUCUAGGUACGUGUAUGAUUGGCAACUACAUGAAGGCCCCGCCCACCCUCGCACAGCUCUAUCAACUGAGACGUCUUUUCGCGUGUUCAGUAGCCAACAAUAAAGUGACGUCAGACUAUACGUUGCUGGGACACCGUGACACGUGGAAUGGAACCCUGUGUCCAGGGGAUAAACUUCAUGACAUCAUCGAAACAUGGCCGCACUUUGAUCUUCAACACAGACGAGUUGCUUUCGGUUAACAAAACGAUUUUAGUUGACAAUUUGUUAAGUGUUUUAAUUCUUUAAAAAACCAAAAAAAAAAACCCCACGUAAAAUCAACAAAAAAAUCCAACAAACAACAACACAAAAAAUAAACAAACAAAUAACAAAACACAUACACCACACACAUAUACAUAGACCUCUUGUAAAAUAUUGUGUUAUAUUUUAGAAAUAAAAUUGGACACAAUUAUGAGUCUAA